GAAACGAAACGGAAUAAAAGCUAGCUAGACUGAGCCGUUAAGAUUUAUUCUCAUGAGUAGUCUUGGGAUAUCAGCAAUCAUCUUAAUCUGUAGCUAAUUUACCAGGUAGGAGACUUUGCCAGUUAUCUCAGCGCACUUUCGCUGAUUUGUACCAUCUGAGAUUUAUCAGCAAAAGCCAACGAGAGACGAAAAAAAGUGCGUUUUUGUCUUCGGUCCGGAACCGCUGCUGCCGUUGGAGCUAGCAUUAGCAGCACAAACCGGGGCCCAGGUCGGCGACGCUCCCUCUUAACAGGGGAUUUUUAGCUUUUUCUCUUGUACAUUUUUGUGUAAUUAAUAGCGCAAUGGCUUGUGGGGCUACUCUGAAAAGGACUCUGGAUUUUGAUCCGUUAAUGAGCCAAGCUUCCCCCAAAAGGAGGAGGUGCGCCCCGGUCAUGUCUCCAGUGUCUUCACCUCAGAAAUAUCUGCGCAUGGAGCCGUCACCGUUCGGGGAAGUUUCAUCCAGACUCACCACAGAACAAAUCUUGCACAAUAUCAAACAAGAGUACAAGAGGCUGCAGAAGAGACGACACCUGGACAUUUCUUUCCAGCAGGCCGACGGCUGCUGUCCUCUGGACCUGCAGAACCUUCACAGUGGAGCUGCCCUACCAGGUACGUCCUUGGGUGCCUCGUCUCCCACCAGAAAAGAGCAGCCUUUAUUUUCCCUCAGACAGGUUGGGAUGAUUUGUGAGAGACUACUGAAAGAGCGAGAAGACAAAAUACGAGAGGAGUACGACGAGAUUCUGACGACAAAGCUUGCAGAGCAAUAUGAUGCCUUUGUCAAAUUUACACAUGACCAACUGAUGCGAAGGUUUGGAGAGCAGCCUGCUAGCUAUGUUUCCUGAGUCUGGCCGUCUGAUAUUGAGGAUUACCAUUUAAUGCAAGCUACUCCCGGGACUCAGUGGAUCUAGUUGGACUUUUCUCCUAGCUGUGCCAUAUCGCCUCAGUGUGGACUCGCUGCCUCAGGCAUCAGUUAGUGGCAUCCACGUUUGCUGUGUCUGCCAGAGUUAGGAGGGCUUCCUGCUGCCAGGACUUUCUGUGACUUAACCAGUGGCCUCUUGACUGCCGUGUCAAUAUUUAUUUGGCUUUGUUCUGAUGCCUUCAUAAAAAGGCUGACUGCCACCACACACUCGGCCUUCUGAUUUUAUUUUCUGUUAAAUUUAGUUUCUUUUACAGACAGGAUGUUAGUUGUUAAGUUUCUCUUCAUGUACAUUUUUUUUAAAGGGAUUGAACAUUUGAUGAGUGAAAAAAAUCCAAGGCCCCCUUCAGACUGGACUCCAGGAAUGAGUUCUUGGACUUUUUCCCCUCCGGUGUUUUUAAACUGCUCUGGAAAUUACUGCUUUUACAUUUGUACACACUGUAUUUUUUAUUUUUUAUGCUUGACUUUUAUUCAUUGUAUAAAAUGUCAUGAUUUUAUUUGCUGUAGGUAUAAAGGGGCUUUAAUUCAAAAGAAGGAAAAUAAAGCGUUUACACAAA